AUGAAGAGAUCACAUUUGAGCUUAAAGCAGCCCAAAAAUGUCUCUUCUAGUAUAGCAAGAGACUACGAUAUUAUCUAUCGACACCCUCCUGGGGAAUGUCCAGAAGAAUCUGCAAUCCAGGCUGCCGCUCAACUUGUUUCCAAACAACAGAAGACCAAUGUGAUGCUGUCCAAUAUCACAGAGGAGGUCGAGGAAGAGAUACUCGCUAAUUCAGUGAUGUCACUUUUUAAUCUCCUCAACCCAGUCAAUCAAUCUAGUGACGAGCAACAUCCAUCACAAUCUGUUGAAAUUCAGGCCAAUGAGCAACCAACAAAAGCUUUAGUCUACAAUGAUCAACACGGCGCUCAUCUUGCCAACACCUGUUUACUUGACAUCCGAGCUACCAACGAUAGUCAAGUCAAAAAACACCAAGGUAACGAGCGUGCUAGAGGUGAUGUCAACCAGUUAAGAAACACCAGAGGUGGAAAAAUGAAUCCUAGCGAAUGCAGUAAGUUAGUCGCUGUUGUCAUGAAAAGCACAGAGGUUACACCUACUGGUGUUUCGCGAAUCCACCAAUGGAAUAUCACUGUGAAGCUGGAUUUAUCUAAGCAUGUACAAAAUACAACAAGUAGCCUGGACUUACCAACUAAUGCCAUCAUCACUGGAGGGGGAAUCAGUAAAAACAACCCACUCGAGCAUGGCAAAUUUGUUGUCAUCAUCAAAAAUAAUGUGAGUACUCCAUAUCGCCCAUCUGUUCAAACACUUUAG